AUUGUCAGAUAUUACGGUAAGGUGUAGUAAGGGAGUUCUGCCAAUCAGAUCCGAAAGCAGAGUUCUCGUGGCGUAAGUCCAUCUCCGCCAUGAUUGUUAUUGGCAGUGAAGCCUAAAGAAGGGCAAGGAGGAGCACCACCUGAGUUUCACAAGUAUCAGUACAGUCCGGGCAGAAGCCAUGGUUCAGACGUGCUCAGCGUACGGCUGUAAGAACCGCUACAAUAAAGACAAAGACAUUUCCUUCCACAAGUAAGGGUUUCCGCUGGCCAGGCCAGAUGUUUGUGGUAAAUGGGUGGCAGCGAUGAGGAGAAACAACUUCAAGCCGACAAAGUACAGCAACAUCUGCUCGCACCACUUCACAAGAGACUGCUUCAAGAGAGACUGCAACAACCGAGUGCUGAAGGAGAACGCCGUGCCGUCGCUUUUCACCUUCAACCUUAAGUCGGAGUCCCUGGAGGAUCCCUUCCCCUCAGAGAUCCACUUCCCUCUCUCUCUACCCCUGACCUCUGACCCGGCAAUGGAGGAGGAGGAGGAGCCCGAGAGGAGGCUGCCCGAGCUCCGGUGCGACCUGGUGGCGGUCUCGUGCGACCACAACUACACAGCGGAAGACUCUGCCCGGCAGAAGAAGCGCAUCGAGCAGCUGGUGGAGCAGUUAGGGAGUCUGAAGAAGAGGCUGAAGACGAUGCAGCAGAAGUGUCGGCGGCAGGAGAGACAGCUUAAGAGGCUGAAGGCGACAUGCGGGACACCCAGGACCGGCCGCGAGCUGCCAGCAGCGUUCGGCGAGGGGUACGUGAUUUUACCGAGACACCUCUACCACACACUCAAAGGCACUGAGUGACGAGGAACAGAGAGAGGAGAGACGAGUGCAGUCAAACUGAGUGGCAGAUUAAAAGCCGUCAGCAGCAGCAGCAGUCAGGCAGACUUUUCAAAGAGCUGCUGAGCAAGGCAGCAAACCUCCCGAUCUGAGAGCUGGACUUACUUGUUCGGGAACACAAAUGCAAGACCUUGUGGAAAAUGUCAAUCAGAUUUGGUGGAUACAACAAACUCUUUACAUAUCAAUGUUUGGGCUGCACUGAAAUGUCUAAGACAUGUAGUCUCACUUUAAAUGAAUAGUUCAACACUUUGGGCUUGGUUAUGGCCGAAGCCAUUUCUCGACAAAAGUCUGACGGGUGAUGUGACUCUCUGGAGACUUGUCGUCACAUUAAGGUUGCUAGGCAACAAGUGGAGACGCUGCUCAGAAGUACCGGGCAGGAUGGAUAAACUUUUGUUCUUCAAGAAAUAGUGCCAAAAUGUAUCUCCCUCUAAAAUCACAAACUGACACUUUUUUUAAUGAGCAAGAUACGACCUGUUUGGCUCCAGUUAACUGUUCCGUCCGGUCUUUAGGGUAAGCCAGGCUAGCCAUCCUGCCUGUGUCCUUAACACACACACAUGACGUUUAUAUCCAUACUGUCAUUUCAGUCUCCAAACAAAGCAAAUACAUUCUCCCCAAAAUGUUGAACUGGUCCUUUAAAGAUCCUGGUUUGGGAUUUGAGAAUUCAAUUGGCCACU